GAAGAGUCUUCAUGGAUUCCAACUGAAGAUUCCUACAAGAAAGUGAAGGGAAGAUGUUGUUUUAGACUCAGGAGACUGUAUAGAUUUGGUGAUCAAAGACUCGAACUAAGACUCAGUUUCACCAACAGAUGGCAGCAGAGAGCUCCUUCCCUAGAGCUCCCACAAGGCCUGGUCUACACUAGCGGGGGGUGUCGAACUAAGACCCAGUGCUUGUGAUAGGGGAAGUAGUUCCUGUUAAAGGCAUCCAGGGAAAUCCCCAAGGCCUCAGCUGGGACAUGGGCCACCCUCAGCCUUUGGGACUGGCCUCCUAGCCAGGUGACAGCAUGAAGCUCAGUCCAUCACCACCCCAAGUGGCUCCAGGAACCUGAUGGACUCAGCAGGCAGGUGAGAUGCAUCCGGGCCACGGCAACCAGUCCUUCACCACCGAGUUCGUCUUCCGCCCCUUUUCGUCCGUGCCUACGACACAGCAGCUCCUCUUGGUGCUCUUCCUCCUGCUCUACCUGACCAUCAUCAUCAGCAACGCCUCCGUCCUCUGGGUGGUCUGCACCGACCACACCCUUCACUCCCCUAUGUACUUCUUUCUGGGCAGCCUCUCAGGGCUGGAGCUGUGCUACACCACUGUGGUAGUGCCCCAGAUGCUGGUCAGUGUCUGGGAUGCCCACACCACCAUCCCUGUGGCCAGCUGCGGGGCCCAGAUGUUCUUCUUUGUGGCCCUCGGCAGUGCUGACUGCUUCCUGCUGGCAGUCAUGGCCUACGACCGGUACGUGGCCAUCCGGCACCCGCUGCGCUACGCCCUCAUCAUGACACGACAGCUCUGCCGGCGGCUGGUGGUCGCUGCGCUGUUCCUCGGGGGGCUGCUCUCACUGGAGCUGACGGCCCUGGUCUUUGCCCUGCCCUUCUGCAGUCGCCAGAUCAACCACUUCCUGUGCGAUGUGCCGCCCGUGCUGCGCCUGGCCUGCGGCGACACGCGCCUCCACCAGACUGUGCUGUUCAGCGUGGGCGUGGCUGUGCUGGCCAUCCCCUUCCUCCUGAUUUGCCUCUCCUACGCCCUCAUCACGGCUGCCGUGCUGCGCAUCCGCUCGGCCGAGGGCCGGCGCCGCGCCUUCCACACCUGCUCCUCCCACCUGACGGUGGUGCUGCUGCAGUACGGCUGCUGCGGCCUGGUCUACCUGCGCCCCAAGGCCGACUCAGCAGAGGACGAGGACCGACAGAUCGCUCUGAUCUACACCUUUGUCACACCGUUGCUCAACCCCCUCAUCUACAGCUUGAGGAACAAGGACAUCAAGCAGGCCCUGAGCAGAGCUGUGAGGCGGGCACUGGCAUCCCAGCCUCAGUGAGGGGCUGGACGGCCAUGUCUCUGCAACCAGUCCCUGCCCCCCACACCAUGGGCAGACUCAGGCCAGGCCUGCCAGCCCCAUCCCUGCCCCUCUGCAAUGGGGAGACGCAGGUUCCACUGUUAGGCCUGGUCACUCCAUGCAGCAGAAGCCACCUGUUUCUAUGCCACAGGCAGGAGGCAGGAUGGAUGCCCGAUCAGGGGUGCCCGAUUUGGGAGCACAACAUACAGGCUCUGAAAUGAAGCCCUAGUUCUGCAGUGCAUGAGGUGCAUGGACAGGAGAAAUCAGAGGAUCAGGGUGAAAACUAGUGUCAGCCUGUGGCUGCUAUAGAGAAGGAGCUCUCUGCCACCAUCUCCUGGUGAACUGGAGAAAAAGGCACAAUGCCUGACCUCAUUUGCACAUUUGUUACCGGCCCUUCCAAUGUAAACAACAUUUUGGUCAUUCUGAUUAAAAUACAAUUAACUUUGGGGGAUGAGGAUAUG